AACCCCCCAUGUCUGUGGUGAAGUCGAUCGAAUUAAUGCUGCCCAAGGAUGCAGUCUACCUGGCUGGCUCCAGCAUAAAAGGGCAGGUGGUUCUAACUCUGAACAGUACCCUGGUGCAUCCCAUAGUGAAGGUGGAACUGGUGGGAAGAGGUUAUGUGGAGUGGAAUGAAGAAAUUGGGGCCUCCCGUGAUUAUAGCCGGGAUGUUAUUUGCAACAACAAGGCCGACUAUGUGCACAAGACAAAGACGUUCCCAGUGGAGGAUAAUUGGUUAAGUGCAGGCAGCCACACCUUUGACUUCCAUUUCAACUUACCUCCCAGGCUCCCUUCUACCUUCGCCAGCAAAAUCGGCCAUGUCUUUUACUUCGUGCAGGCCUUCUGCAUGGGCCGGGAGCACAUUCUAGCCAAGAAGCGAAUGUACUUGUUGGUUCAAGGGACUUCAGAUUUCCACGCAGAAAACCUACUGCAGAAUCCUCUGCUUGUGGAGGCUGAGAAGAAGGUCUCCUACAACUGCUGCAGCCAGGGCACCAUCUGCCUGCAAAUCCAGAUGGAAAAAAACACCUUCAGGCCGGGGGAAAGGGUCAUUUUCACCACGGAGAUCCACAACCAGACCAGCAAGUGCAUCAAGACGGUCAUCUUCGCCCUCUACGCCCACGUGCAGUACGAGGGCUUCACACCCAAGGCGGAGCGACGCUCUCGGAUGGACAGCAGUGAGCUGCUCCGGCAGGAGGCCAACACCCAGAUCACACCCUUCAACACCACCAAGAUCGUCAGCGCCUUCCACCUCCCGCCGGUGCUGUCCGUGAGCGGCGGCUUGCAGGACAGUGAAAUCAUGAACACCCACUACGAGCUGGUCAGCACUGUGCACCUGCCCUGGUCCAUGACCAGUGUGAAGGCCAAGGUGCCCAUUGUCAUCACCAGCGGCCCCGUGGACUCAGACAGCCGCAGGCUGAUGGAGGGAGCAGUGCUGCCCAUGAGCUCAGAUUGUCGGAAUUAAAUGCCCAAACGUCUAAAUAGCAGAAGCUUUAUCAGACUCUAA